AGCAAAGCAAAGGAAAGAAUCACCCCAAGCCAUGGUCACUCGAAGGGCGGUGGCAGCCUAUAUUGCCGCCAGCUUCGUGGCGAAUGUGUUGUUUCUAGCCGACUACGCCAACACCUACCGUGCCUUCUACCCCACUAUGGUGGCCUUGGCGAACUCCUCCGCGUUUCGUCUCAUGAUGGUGAACACGGUGCUCGCAGCGAUGAUGCUGCUGUGGUUUGCGAUGCAGUUCGUGUUCUUUGGCAAGUUGAACGCGUCUGAAGAAACAGCCUUGUUGACGUCCUUUACGAUCUACCUCGCCGAGUGCAUCGUCGUGCCACUGUACUUUAACCUCACGCUAAUGAGCAGCACGAUGGUGUUUUUCGCCUUCACGUUGGUGUGGCGGCUGCUCCACAAACUUGCGGCGGAGCGGGUGACGACGCUCUCCACCGUGCAGCUGACGCUCUUCUCCAUCUCUCGCAUGGUGGCGUACCUCAACGUCGUUCUUAUUGGUGAUGUCGGCCUGCUUCUGUGGCUCUUUCAGACAAGGCCGGACCUGCGAAACGAGAAGGCCUCCCUGCAUUACUCGCUGCUGCUCAUCUACAUGCUGCUGGUCACCUCCUCCCUGCGCAGCGCGGUGCGCUUUGGGAGUUUGUUCGUGCUGCGCCAACGGCACACACUGCUGCCGUUUGUGGCGGAUGUCAUCACCAGCAUCGCCGAGUCGCUGCUCUUUGUCGGCGUCUACGCGUACAUAUUCAUGAAGUCCACCCUUCCGCUGCUCCUCCUGCGCGGUUUCAUCUCGCACGCGCUGCGCAUUUUUGAGAAGGCGUCGGGCCUCGCGGAGUUUCUCGUGCUGGCCCGCCGCGUGCGGCACGACAUGCCGGACGCCACGGCGGACGACCUCGCGCGGGAUGCGCGGUGCACCAUCUGCUACGAGGACAUGGCGCCAGGCAGCGGGACGAAGCGGCUGCCGUGUGGUCACUGCUACCACACGGAGUGCCUCGAGCAUUGGCUGGAGGGACACUCCACGUGUCCAUACUGCCGUGCCAACAUCAUGCGCAUGCCAAGCAGCGAUGCAGCGCAGGCGACGAACGGCGCUGACGGAGCACCGGCCGGUCAGCCAGCAGCAGCAGCGGCGGCGGCACACGAAGAGGUAGAAGAGAACGGGGGCGUCCCGGCGGACGCUGCGGCAACCCCUCUGCGCCAUCUGCAGCCGCAACAGCCGCCGCCGGAAGGAUCCCCCACAGCCGCUGCAAACGUCAACGAGCAGCAGCAGCAGCAGCAGCAGCGAGCCGAAGACCCGUUUUCGAUUCGCCUGCGCCGCUUCGCGUCGCCGCACACCACCGCCACCGCUACCAUCCCAGAGCCAGUCGCGGCGGAGACGCAGCUGCGGGCUGCCUACCAGCGUUAUUUAAACCGUGUCGACCCGACCCGUAGCGCCAACAGCCCUGUGGACAAGGCAGAGGAGAGGGCAGAGGCAGCGUCGUCGCCACCGCACCGGCUACGCAGUCCACCACCAACGGCACAGGCACGCAAUGCGAGCUGCACGACCUCUCCUCCGCGGACCGCAUCGCCGUCCACAGAGGCCGUGUCCAAUACGCCGCUGCGGACGUCCAAGACGGUGGACCAGCUCAAGCUGAAGGCGUAUAAAAAAUAUCACAGGCGGCUGCGAGAGGCAGAGAGGAAGUUGGCGGUUGCUUUGAAGCAGGCGGAGGAGCACGGGUCAGUUGCUUGA